AUGGCGGGGGGUGAGAAGCUUCUUGAUUCUGAUUUGGAGCGAGGUCGCGACUCGCGAGGCGGCCGAGGAGACUUGGCCGGGUCUGUCAUGAGUGAGACUCUUCCUGGUUGCUGGGGCGUAGGUGAGAUCCUGGAAAUCGUCACCGACUUCCGCCCGGAGAAGAAGCCUCAAGCGCUGAAUCUUCAAUCCGGCAGAUUCUCAUUCAAUUUGGGGUUUUCAGUUUUGGUUUGCUUGUACCUCCGAUUAUGA